AUGGGCGACUCGGUAGUUCUGGAAACCAGCUUGGGGGAGAUCCAACUCGAGUUGUACUGGGACCACGCUCCACAAACCUGCAAAAACUUUGCGGAGCUCGCAAGAAAGGGCUAUUACAACGGCGUGAUAUUUCAUCGAAUCAUCGCAGAUUUUAUGGUUCAAGGAGGCGAUCCGACCGGAACAGGUCGAGGCGGCACCAGUAUCUACGGCCAGAAGUUCCAGGAUGAGAUAAGCCCUGAACUGAGGUUCACUGGGGCAGGGAUCCUGGCUAUGGCCAACUCUGGGCCGAACACAAACGGUUCCCAGUUCUUUCUGACCUUGGCGCCCACACCGUUCCUGGACAACAAGCACACAAUAUUCGGUCGCGUCAGCUCCGGAAUGCGAGUAUUGCAACGAUUAGGUUCAGUGGCAACCGACACGCAAGAUCGACCUAAAGAAGACGUCAAGAUUCACAGAGCCCGUGUCGUGUCUCCGAACUAG